UUUGUGUUCGGAGCUGCUACUUCCUCGUAUCAAAUUGAAGGAUCUUGGAAUGUCAGCGCCGCGGUGGUUAACGAUUUUGAUUGGUGGACGCAUAGUUGUCCGGAAUGGAUAGCUGAUGACAGCAAUGGCGACAUCGCUUGUGACUCCUAUCGCAUGUACAAAGAAGAUGUUAACUUGGUGAAAGAAAUUGGAUUCAAGUUUUAUCGCUUCUCGAUCAGCUGGUCACGAAUUCUUCCAACUGGACUUACUAACGAUGUUAGCAAAGAUGGUGUCACGUACUACAACAAUUUGAUCAGACAAUUGCAUAUUAACGGUAUCGAGACUAUGGUUAACACAUAUCAUUUCGACCAUCCAAUGAAAUAA